GCAACCGGAAGUGGUACCGCGGGACGCCCGCGGGAGUGGCAGAGACGUGUCUUUCUGUGAGGCGCUGGGAGCCCUUCCCCAGGGUUCUGGGCUAGCGGGGGGCCGCUUGGUGCUCCCUUAGAUUCUCCGUACGGGCCCGCAACCCUGUCAGUGUGGGGCGGCGGCGGCGGCGACGGCCGGGGCAGGGAGCGUUGGCGGCCGGAGUCCCAGCCAUGGCCGAGUCUGUGGAGCGGCUGCGGCGGCGGGUUGAGGAGCUGGAGCGGGAACUGGCCCAAGAAAGAAGUCGGCGGGCCCUGGGGGGCGGCGACGGAGGAGGCGGCCGCGCCCGCAUCGAGAAGAUGAGCCCGGAGGUGGUGGACUCCAACCCCUACAGCCGCCUGAUGGCAUUGAAACGAAUGGGAAUUGUAAGCGACUAUGAGAAAAUCCGUACCUUUGCUGUAGCAAUAGUAGGUGUUGGUGGAGUUGGUAGUGUGACUGCUGAAAUGCUGACAAGAUGUGGCAUUGGUAAGUUACUACUCUUUGACUAUGACAAGGUGGAACUGGCCAAUAUGAAUAGACUUUUCUUCCAACCUCAUCAAGCAGGAUUAAGUAAAGUUCAAGCAGCAGAACAUACUUUGAGGAACAUUAAUCCUGAUGUUCUUUUUGAAGUACACAACUAUAAUAUAACCACAGUAGAAAACUUUCAACAUUUCAUGGAUAGAAUAAGUAAUGGUGGAUUAGAAGAUGGAAAACCUGUUGACCUAGUUCUUAGCUGUGUGGAUAAUUUUGAAGCUCGAAUGACAAUAAAUACAGCUUGUAAUGAACUUGGACAAACAUGGAUGGAGUCUGGGGUCAGUGAAAAUGCAGUUUCGGGGCACAUACAGCUUAUAAUUCCUGGAGAAUCUGCUUGUUUUGCGUGUGCCCCGCCACUUGUAGUUGCUGCAAAUAUUGAUGAAAAGACUCUGAAACGAGAGGGUGUUUGUGCAGCCAGUCUUCCCACCACUAUGGGCGUGGUUGCUGGGAUCUUGGUACAAAAUGUGUUAAAGUUUCUGUUAAAAUUUGGUACUGUUAGUUUUUACCUCGGAUACAAUGCAAUGCAGGAUUUUUUUCCUACUAUGUCCAUGAAGCCAAAUCCUCAGUGCGACGACAGAAAUUGCAGGAAACAGCAGGAAGAAUAUAAGAAAAAGGUAGCAGCACUGCCCAAAAAGGAGGUUGUUCAAGAAGAGGAAGAGAUACUACAUGAAGACAAUGAGUGGGGUAUUGAGUUGGUUUCUGAAGUUUCAGAAGAGGAACUGAAAAAUUCUUCAGGUCCAGUUCCUGACUUACCUGAAGGAAUAACAGUGGCCUAUACAGUUCCCCAAAAGCAAGCAGAUUCUGUUCCCGAUGUAACAGUGGAAGAUUCUGGUGAAAGCUUGGAAGAUCUCAUGGCCAAGAUGAAGAAUAUGUAGAUAAUGGACUGGACUAUAUUUUAUUUUCUGUGUUUAAACCUAUUCCUUUGCAAUUAAAAAAAGUCAUUUUAAAACUGACAAAACUUAGGGACCAUCAAUUGAUGUGUAUUCUUUGCUAAAUUGUUAUACUUUCUAAAAAUACUAUUACUGUUGCUUGUUGUUACCUCACAGCCUCAACUAAAUCAAUAACUCUCCUAAAACUCAUGUUUCAUUCUAGUAAGAAAAUUUCAAAGGAUUAUUUUAGGCAGUUAUAAGUUUUAUUGAAAACUUAGCCAUUGAGAUGUUUUGGCCUUUUGUGAGGGAUGGAAGAAAGGACCAAUUUGAUGUUGAUGCCUACACAUUCCUUUUCUUUCCAGUAAUCCUUUGUGGUUUGGGCCAUGGGCAAUAAAGCAGUAUGUGGUCCUGAAAUAUAGGGAAAGAGCAAGAGGUACAACCUAUUGAUUUGAGCUGGCAGGCCAUGUACUCAUUGUUUUGGAAUUGUUCUCUAUAAGAGACUGCCCACUACUACUAACUUGGCCAGCAAUGAAUUUAAAAUAGUUAACCUAUAAAAUAAUAUCGUUCUCUCAAAUGUUUCCUGAUUACAAAUUGAAAUGUAGUCAAUGGAAAAGUUGUAAACUUGUGGAUUAUAUAUUCAAAAUCAGGCAACUAAAAGGAAGUUUUUUUCAUGGGUAGACAGAUAAAGGUACUUUGAAGAAGUACAAAUUAUAUUUCUGCACUGACCAAGGAAAAGAAAUUAUUGCAUCUGUGGACACAUACCUGGAAUCACUGUACUUUAUUGAGGAGUAAUGGAUAAAUUUAGACUAAGAUCAUCUAGAUUAUACCCAUGAUAUGGGUUACCUUAUAAAUACUUUAUUUCACUUAAAUUUGGUAGUUUUUAGGUAAUUAAAUAUUGGAAAGGGUUUGUCCUGGAUAGGGCAUUAAAGAGGCCUAAAGUGCCUCUGAAAUGACUGUUAUAUUUAUUUACUGGAAGAGGAUCAUUUUCCCAGAUCAUGACCUCUAAAUCAUAAAUUGAUACAACUGUUUUUUUCCUAGAGUUGUAUACAAAUAGUGAAGGCUCAGAGAGCCUUGGUUGAAGUAAAAUUCCAACUGUUUGGAGACCAAUAAAAAAACAUGCAUGUGUAACCAUUAUUUGAGUGAGUGCCCAUAUAACUCAUGUUCCCAAUGUCAUGAGGAGGAAGACAGAAGCCGAGGUAAGAUCUGUAGGCAGUUAUUGCUAAUCUCCUAUUUUGAUGAUUUUUUUGCUUUGAAGAUAGGCAUGUCUAAAUUGUAUUUGUAGGCUGACAAUGUUUGUAAAAAUUAAAAAGUGCAUUCCCCGCUUGUAAAAUAAAGUCCUAAAAACUUAUUUCAGAAAGCCCCACAGAUCAAAAAUAUGUUCAAUAUAUUAGUUUUGAGAUUUUAGGACUAUAUUGUGAUUCUUAUGUUUAAAGUAAUGUCAGGAAGGUAGAGGGAUACUUUUUCUAGCCUUGAAACUUAAGUUGCCUUGCUAGGUCAUUUGUUACAUUUAAAAAAUUUAGUGUAUUCCUCUAUAAAAUAACUUUUCUAGUUACUAGAGAUGUUUGAAUUAAAAAAAAAAUCCAGUCUUCCUAAAUCCCAUUCCUUUUUUAAACUCUGGUACACUAAUUUGGUUAGAUUUUACUUAUAAAGUCUUAAUAGUUAGAACUCACCAUUUUUUAAAGACCUUUUUUCUGCUCUUAACUUGGCACUGCACAGUACUGAUGUCUUAUAUCACCAAAUCAUGUCUAAGUUGUUUAACUUUUUGGUAUUCUAUCUUCCAUUAAAAAUUGUUAUUGGAUUGCC